UCGCAUUGCCGGAUGGACCUUGUCUGUGUUGAGCCAUGCAGGAGUUUCAGGUUUUCGGAGUCGGUCCUAGUCCAGGCCCGCCAGUCUGCAGUAGCAAUCUCCUUAACCAAUUGCGAACGCUUCGGGGAUAACACUCCAGCAACAAGCCCGAAACGUUCCUUUCUGGAAGCAACGACGAGAAAAAUGGCAGCGCCACCUCUGGGCCUCACCAGCCGGGUCGCCGGCGUCUUCGCCUCCCCACCCGUGGAGCAUUCCGGCUCCCGCCGCCGACGUCUCCGUCCUCGUCUCCUGCCUUCAAAGAGAUGGAGCGGGGUGGUGAGGAUGGGAGCGGUGGUCGGAGGGGGGCAGGAAGGGGAGGAGGAUGAGGAGAUGAGGCAGACCAAGGAGCAGGCCGCCGCCAGGAGGCGGUGGGAGGCACUGAUUAGGGAGCAGAAAAUUAAGACCCUUACACCCAGGGAAGCUGGUUACACAUUCAAACUGACAGACAAGGUUCUUCUGGAUGUUAGGCCCUCAAAUGAGCGUCAAAAGGCCUGGGUAAAAGGCUCUUCCUGGAUUCCUGUAUUUGAUGUGGAUGCAUUGGUUGAUUUGGGUGGUCUUAGCAAGAAAGUCACUAACUUUGUAAUGGGUGGCUGGUGGAGUGGCAGCUCAACAAUGUCAUUUAAUAAGAACUUUGUACAACAGGUUGAAGAGAAAUUUUCAAAAGAGACAGAUCUCAUACUAGUGUGCCAGAAAGGACUGAGAUCACUUGCAGCUUGUGAACAACUUUACAAUGCUGGUUUCGAAAAUUUAUUCUGGGUACAAGGAGGUUUGGAAGCUGCUGAAGAGGAGGAUUUUGAGAGGGAAGGUCCCCAGCCUUUCAAGCUUGCUGGUAUUGGUGGUGUUUCUGAAUUUUUUGGUUGGACGGAUCAGCAACGUAUGCAGGCAGCAAAGGAGGGAUUGGGCUACCGGUUGCUCUUCACAGGCCGCUUGGUUGGAGCACUCGUGCUGCUGGAUGCUUUAUUUUUUGGCGCGCAAAGGAUUGGUCCUCUACUUCAGGAACUGCAGUCUCGUUAACGCAUGGAUUGAUGCAUAAUGUGGCAUCUGGCAGUCCAUCUUGAGGUGUUAGCAAUUCUGUUCCGCGAGGAAUCACAAGCCAACUUUGUACAUGUAUCAGACGCAAGCCAAGCCUCCCAGCUCCAAACUUGUGAAUCUUUUUUCUUUCGUACUUGCAGGUGUACCAAGCCAUGCACCAACUACUCUGAUCAUGCAAUCAUUCUUGUUUUUGGCA